AUGCACCGCGAUCCUUGCACCUGGCUCCGGCUCCCCGAAAGCUUCACGAAGGAGCUGGCGGAGCGCGUGCCUAUGGGUCUGUGGCUGCAGCCAGACGGCUGCUGCAACGGCCCUUCCUGGGUGGUGACAGCCUUCACCCCCUCCGGCUUCAUAUUACUGAUGCGGGGGUGGAAGUCGUUCGCCGUCGCUCGCGGCUUGAAGGAGGGGCACAUCCUCCACUUCAAGUAUGACGGGGCCGCCACGCUCUUCAUGAAGAUCUUCGGGGUCAUCGGCUACCGCCUAAAGUGCUGCACGGAGAGCGAUGAUAGCGACAGCCCCGGCAACAAUGAUGGCGACAUGUACCCCUUCGACGGAAGCGGAAGCAGCGACGACUCCCCCAGCGUCAAGAGUGAGGACGAGGACUCUGACUAG